AUGGCCGCCGCAGACAGCGAGCUGAAGAAGAUAUUGACCGAGUUAAACCAUCUUUCACUCAAGAGACAACAACUUCUGGAAAGGAAGAAAUUCCAGAGCAUAUUUCACGAGAUGAAGAAUCGUGCAGAAUUUGUACAAACAGAGGAGGCAGCCACUAAUCUGCACCAGAUCGACAUCAUUGAUGACACGCUGACACAACUGACAGAAAGGAAGGCAGAGCUCCAAAAAAGCCACGAUAACAUCCUAGAUGCCAAAGAUAUGAAUAAAGAGGCCAGCAUCGCCUCCUGUCAGGUUGAGCCUGGUGGUCCUCUUCCUGUUCCUGUUCCUCUUCCUCUUCCUUGCGUUGUCUUUGUUGAGGGUCCACCUAACAUCCCCGCCCCGGUGGUGUUUCUGGACCUGGAGCACUUCCCAGCGUGUCCCUGCAGGACGCAGUGUCCUGAGUGUAAGCAGUUCAUAGUGACGGAGACCUUCACCUCCGUCAGCAGUGUCACGUGGCUGGUGUGCUUCAUCACAGCUUUGAUUGGCGGUGUGGCCGGUUGUUGCUUCAUCCCCUUCUGCAUGAAACGGUUUAAAUCGAUCACACACAGAUGUCCCAAGUGUCGAACGGAAAUCACGACUUUGAAAAAGUUAUGAGAGAGAAAGGAGCCGGUGGAAACUUGAAGCUCGGAAUGAAAGAGCAUCAGACAUCCACCAAGUAGUAAUACGGCGUAUAGAUCAUAGAUCCCUCGUAGAGUUGACCUGUUUGCAUUCAUUGUCAUCAUAAUCACGUAGUACACGUCAGA